AUGCGAGUUUCACGUCGAAAGUUUGCCAACGCGCUUAGGCGGCCGCAGGCUAUCCAACUCUUGUUCCAGAAUAUAGCCGAUCUUUUUAUCGCGGGGUGUCCUUUACUAGUCGCCUCGAGAAGUGGUACCGCUCCGAACCCCUACAAGGCUGUGAAGUUCGAUUGGACCGACCCUUCGAUGUUUGAGAACCCAUUCAAGGCCGACUCUAGCAUCAACAAGGUCUGCAUCGUCAUCUCGAACAUCUUCGACGUGCUGCCAGUCGUCAAAACCUUCGUUGAUCUCUGCGUCUCAAGGAGUUUGAAGAGAUUCGUUCUGCUCAGUGGAAGCCACACGCACAAAGGUGGGCCGUACAUCGGCAAAUUGCAUGAAUACAUCGAAAACAGCGGCGUCGAGUUCACGGUCCUACGCCCUACGUCGUUCUUAGAGAAUUUCGCUGGCAUUUUUGCACACGGGAUUCGCGAGCGCAACGAGAUCGUUACAACCGUGGAGGGCGGUCGCACCCCCUUCGUUAGCGGGGAGGACAUCGCGAAGGCGGCAUUCGAUACCUUAUUCGCGGACAAGGGUCCCAACACGGAAUACUACGUCGUUGGGCCAGAAUUGUACUCGCACGAUGAGGUAACCUCCAUAUUCAGUGAGAUACUAGGACGGAAAAUUACACACCGGCACAUAACGGGCGAGGAAGAGAGGGCCAUGUUCGUGUCUAUCGGGAUGCCUGCAGGUCAGCCUGAGUUUGUUAGCCGUGCUGGACAAGAGACCGCUGAGGCACGGAGGAAGCUUUGGUAG